UCGACGAUGACGGAGGGGUAGGGUGAUAGACGCGGAGCCGGCGGCCAUGGCGAUGGCGAUGGCGAGGGGGGCAGCCCAAUGCUGCUGAUGCGAGCGAGCGAGCGCCUUAUAACGCCGGCUCUCUGUAGAGGUUGUUUUCUGUGUACAUGUCGAGCGGGGCUUCCCAGAGAUCCGCCCGUCGCGUACCAUGGCAAGUCGUGGAGCCGUCAACAUGGUGUGCGCUCUGGCCAUCGUUUUGAUGGUCUGGGCAAUGUCGUUGUCGUUGUGCAUGUCUGCGGAUGUGGAGGUGGUCAAUGCGUCGUUUUCGUCUGUCGUCGGUGGGGCGAAGACGGGAAAGAGCGGAGUGGUGCCAGCGAAUGGAAGCCCCGAGUACUUAGCGCUUUUCGUGGAGGAGACCCGGUGGUACAACGAUCUGGUGCUCGGGCCCUGGCUGCCCUCCUCUGUCCGCGACUCCAUUCCCCACACAUUGCAGACAUGGCUGCGGAACUACGUCGCGGGCAUGCUUUUGUAUUUCGUCUCCGGUGGCCUGUGGUGCCUAUACGUCUACUCGUGGAAGGGAGAGCAUUUCUUCCCUGCAGGUGACAUACCCGCGAAGGAGCCCAUAAUGCUCCAAAUCUGGGUAACUAUGAAGGCUAUGCCAGUAUACACAGGACUUCCCACUCUGUCCGAAUAUAUGAUUGAGCGGGGGUGGACCAAGUGUUUUGCGCGUAUCGAGGAUGUUGGGUGGCUCACGUAUGUAGGCCUAGUCAUCGCCUACUUGGCAGUGGUGGAGUUUGGUAUCUAUUGGAUGCACAGAGAGCUUCACGAUAUUAAGCCUUUGUACAAACAUCUGCAUGCUACCCACCACAUCUACAAUAAGCAAAACACGCUAUCACCGUUUGCAGGUUUGGCGUUCCAUCCGAUUGACGGAAUCUUGCAAGCAUGUCCCCACGUUAUUGCAUUAUUCUUGCUGCCAAUGCAUUUUUUCACUCACGAGGUUUUACUAUUUUGCGAGGGAGUUUGGACAACCAACAUCCAUGACUGUAUUGAUGGGAACGUCUGGGGCAUUAUGGGAGCCGGUUUUCACACCAUUCAUCACACAACUUACCGACACAACUAUGGCCACUACACAGUGUUCAUGGAUUGGCUAUUUGGCACUCUGCGAGACCCUUAUGAACGGAAAGCAACUGCGCACGUGAAGUCUUCUUAAGGACCCGCUGGAACUGACCUGACAAUUAGUGACCCAGUUUUGAUGUUUUCACACGCGGUGCUCCUAGAUGACUAUCGGCACAUCAACAAUUAUUUGGUACUCGGUUAUUUCAAUUUCUUUUAGUCAUUUGGGGUGCUGUGAAUGGAAAAGCACUUAGUAAACCUCGUUCUCCUUUCACGUCCUCAACCCUCCUCAAGUCUGAGGGGUCUUCAUCAAUCAAGGCCAUCUUGGUGAGCUCCUUUGCUCUGACAUGUAUUCAUAAUGUUCAAUAGAGAUCGCAUGCAGAAGUAAGAAAUAAGAAAUAAGCAAUUCCUGUGUUCAACCAUAUACUGUAGUAGUGUCGAUGAUUAGCUAGAUAAGUAUAAUUUAUACUUGUCGAUGAUAAGCUGUCAGAUUUUUAAAAUCAAAGAAGAGCGUAAGUUUCUCAAUAAUUCGUGACUGUACAUUUGGAAAGGAGUAUUCUGCUACAACAGAAACGUAACUUAUUUAAAUAAUCACCAAGUAUCUUUUCCUACUCAUGUUAAUUCAUGUGUUACUGCUUAAGUCGAAUCUUUUUUUCAA